ACAGCGAAUGGAUGGAGACGAAGGUGGUUGAGGCCUAGUUGGUGUGAUUUGGAAGCUUUAAAAGUAAACAGAGAUAAGUGGUUAUAACAUUGUCGAGAGUGAAAAUUGAGACUAUUAUAUGUGUAAGCAACGUUCUGCAGCAUUAGAAGAGAUGUAUCAAUGAAGCAGACGUGCAAGCUGCCUUGGCUAGCUUAUUUGCUAGCUGGAUAGCUUAUUUAACUGCAGACACGUCGGUGAGCUCUUCGUCAUUUUUUGCCAUCGGAGACCGAUCUUAACUACGUUGGGACUGUAACGUUAAUAUAAUCGAACAUAGCUGUUUGUAGCUUUUGUUGUAACAAGUUUCCGUCACACGCGGGCAACAGCUGGGAUAGAAUUUAUAUUGAGGUUAGCGCAAGCUAAUUCCGCCCGCCUGACUGUCCAUUCAUCUCCUACUGAUAAUUCAAAAUGUCGGACUUUGAUGAAUUCGAGAGACAGUUGACUGAAAACAAACAAGGUGUUGAGAAUCUGAAUUCACUUGAGCGGGACAAGGAGAACCGGCACCGCCGUCGCAGUUCCUCCCGCAGCCGCAGCCGAGAGAGGAAGAGGAGGAGCAGGGAGAGGAGAAGCCGGGAACGUCGCAGCGGCAGCAAAGACCGCCGACACAGACGCAGCACUCAGCCUCAAAACCCACCCCAAGACAUCGUCAGCCGUUCCCCCCACCGGGAGAAGAAGAAGAAAGUAAAGAAGUACUGGGAUGUUCCUCCUCCGGGCUUUGAGCACAUCACACCCAUGCAGUACAAGGCCAUGCAAGCUGCGGGUCAGAUCCCUGCUACUGCCCUGCUGCCCACCAUGACCCCUGAUGGCCUGGCGGUGACCCCCACCCCCGUGCCAGUGGUGGGCAGCCAGAUGACCCGCCAGGCCCGUCGUCUCUAUGUGGGAAACAUACCUUUUGGCAUCACAGAGGAGUCCAUGAUGGACUUCUUCAAUGCCCAGAUGCGCCUUGGAGGCCUGACCCAGGCUCCUGGCAACCCCGUCCUCGCCGUGCAGAUCAACCAGGACAAGAACUUUGCCUUCCUGGAGUUCCGCUCUGUGGAUGAGACCACCCAGGCCAUGGCGUUCGACGGCAUCAUAUUCCAGGGCCAGAGCCUGAAGAUCCGCCGGCCGCACGACUACCAGCCUCUGCCCGGCAUGAGCGAGAACCCCAGCGUCUACGUGCCAGGAGUUGUUUCCACGGUGGUGCCAGAUUCGGCUCACAAACUUUUCAUCGGCGGACUGCCUAACUACCUGAAUGACGACCAGGUUAAGGAGCUGCUGACGUCAUUCGGGCCCCUGAAGGCUUUCAACUUGGUUAAGGACAGUGCCACUGGCCUCUCGAAAGGAUACGCCUUCUGUGAAUAUGUCGACGUGAAUGUCAACGACCAGGCCAUUGCUGGUCUGAAUGGUAUGCAGCUGGGUGACAAGAAGCUUCUGGUGCAGAGGGCAAGUGUUGGAGCGAAGAAUGCCACCCUGACGAGUGUGAACCAGACCCCGGUGACGCUGCAGGUGCCGGGGCUGAUGAACAGCUCGGUGAACCAGAUGGGCGGCAUCCCCACGGAGGUGCUCUGCCUCAUGAACAUGGUGGCGCCCGAGGAGCUGCUGGACGACGACGAGUACGAGGAGAUCCUGGAGGACGUGCGGGACGAGUGCAGCAAGUACGGCCAGGUCAAGAGCAUCGAGAUCCCGCGGCCCGUUGAUGGUCUCGAGGUGCCUGGCACCGGGAAGAUCUUUGUGGAGUUCACAACCUUGUUUGACUCCCAGAAAGCCAUGCAGGGACUGACGGGAAGGAAGUUUGCCAACCGAGUGGUGGUGACCAAGUACUGCGACCCUGACGCCUACCAUCGCCGAGAGUUCUGGUAGAACCGGAGAAAAAGGAGGGAGGAGAGAUGGGGUGGUAGAAGAGAAGAAAUAAAAUGGCGGGGUGGAGUGAGUGAGGGAGGGAGGAAGAGAAACGGAGGAAUUAAAUACAAAGAGGUUUGGGAGGGUGGGAAAGGGGUGGGGAUUUUCUACUUAUAAAAACAACAACAAAAAAAAAAGAAAGUUGCUAUGUGGGAAAGAAAGGAGGAUAUGUAAUAGUAACCCAGAUAUGGUUCAAGACUAUGUGAGUGGGUUAGUUUUUGUGUUUGUAUUUUAAGAAUGCGUGUGCUUGUGUAUCAAGAGGGUAAAAAAAUCUUUCAUUUUGUUUUCUAUUUUUAAAUGGUUCUGGGCUGGGAGAAGUGCCAUUUUUGCUCCCUGACCAAAACAACAGGGGCGUUACGAGACAUUUUUUUUUUUGCAGUUGUAGUUCAUUAACCUGGUCCUCUCCAUAAACCAUAAGAAAGCAGCAGUCCUGAAAUAGUGGGUGACAUCCUCAGUCUCGGUCCUAUAUGUGAAGUAGAGCUGCCACUCAAUGUAUCUCUACCCCCCCCCCCCCCCCCCCCCCCCCCUUUAUCUCUCAUUUUCUCUGUCAUAUAAUUUCCCCCAUCUGGCUGUAAAGCUAAAUCAGUAGCUACUUUCUGUUGACAUUUGUUAGGUUUUUAUUGUUGUUUUUUUUUCUGGAUGUCGCUAGCAUUGUCUGUUUUCUUGGGCAUUAGUGCCUACCUGCCUAUACUGGUGAUGCCCCCUCCACUGACUGUGUGGGGGCACAUAUGCGUGUGUGUGUGUGUGCGCCCCACUACGGUGUAGCCCAUAUGUUUCAUAAUAAAACUCUUGGAAACACAA